UAUAAACCAUGUCGUCUAAAGUGCUAUUUAUCAAGUAUGUCCCACAUUUUCUGCAAGUGGACUCCACAGCACAACAGAAGAGCCUCAUUGCUGCAGCCAACUGCACCAGUUCCCAUGGAGUCCUGCUCAACACUAAAGGAGGGUGUUUGUCUAUAGAGGGUUUCCCUGAUAUUCCCUGCAGCGAGAAACACAAGUCCUGGUCUCUCUUUAAGGAGGCAGUGAAGCAGUUGCUUGGUGUCCCCCAGCAGACGUCCAUAUCACUACGAUUCUCGUUCCCACCCUGUUCACCCAUAGCCAGUGUAUCAGAGAUCUUGCAGGAGUCCAGUCACAUAGUGCAGCUGAUUGCAACCCCCCUACCACACACCAAUCCACUAGUCACUCUACGCAUACCAGUCCCUCAAUCCCGCUCGUAUCGUCAGAGAACAGAUGGUUCCAGAACGACGAAAACAGACCCGUAUUGUCAAUACAAGGAAGUGUUUGGAUCUUCAGUACCAUCUCUUAUCGAACGCAAAUGCAAUUUUCCGGACAUGGAACGAUUACUCUCACAAUUGGAAGAAGUUAGUCAAAGUUUGGAGCGAACACAACGUGCUUGUGAUAAAAUUGCUAGAAAAGAAAGCCCAUCCCUAAGACCAGCCGUAGUACCUGCCCCCUGUGACAAGAUUCUGCUCUGUGCUAGUGACUCGGGUAAUGGACCCUCACUCGCUGAAGAUCAAACUGACGGAAUGGACGAUUUGGAACUGCAUUCUGAAGACGAAAAUGUUGAAAAAUUGCUCAAAAUUGCAGAGACCAUUGUCAAAAUGCCGCCACCUCCUCCACCAAGGAAAGAGCGUGAGGUGGUCCCUGUUCGACUGACUGAUGAUGAGGGGGUGUGUCUACCAGACCCCCCCACUGGUGUGACUGUGCAGCCAAGCAUCACAGAGGGAGGCAUCUACGUUCUCUGGAACCCUGUUAGGCUGGAUGGUGAUGAUAGUAACCAUGGUCACACUGUGCUGGGGUACAAGGUUCACCUGGACAAGAGAUUGAGGGUCAAUGUGAGUGGAAGUCUCUCCUCUCAGGCCGAGUUGCUAGGAGACCAACUGGAGGAGGGACAAGAGUACACAGUGCAAGUAUGCACUCAUACCAACCACUGCAACUCUCUCCUCUCCACACCUCUCAAGUAUAGGCAUUGUAGGAGGCCCUCUAAGCAAGCACACUUGAACAAGACAAGAGUCGAACAAGAGAAGGAGAGUAAAUCUAAAGCAGCUCGAGUCGAGUCAUGGCUACUCAACGGACAUAUUUCACAGACGGACGCUCACACGCUAGCCAAUGGAAUUCAAGGAUUAUCCGAGCGCAGCUCCGAGUCACCGAGUCACCACGUACACUUUGCCCGAGUGGGCUACAAUAAAUGGGCGGAGUCUGAUGUAGAUAUUCCCGCCCACCUCAUGGACAGUGGAUGUGAAGACACUCGUAGCAAUGCAAGUAGCCAUACAAGUGGUAUCGUCACUGAUUUCCCAGCCAGUCCGUACGUGAAACAACAAACACCGUCUUUCUCUUACUAUAGUCAGCACACUGACGCCCACUCCACCCACUCCAUCUCCACACACCUCAGUAACGUACACUCUGCCUCUGACGACGGCUUCCACACCCUCACAAGAUCAAGUCUCAGUGAACAACAUGCUAAACUCUCUCUCAGCAGUACACUAUGUCCUAGCAACAGAACUAGUCGUGCCGGGUCCACAGAGCUCAGUUGUUUGGCAGCUAGUGAUACGAUCAUCAAUGAGCCAAUGGAAUUGUCACCUGCACGGAGAUUAAUGAGUAGCACUAACGAGAUUGAUGGUCGAACAUCAAGAGGGAGGUUGUUAAGAAUGAAACAAAAAAAGCCUGAAGCACCCGAGCAGCUGUCAGUGAAACAAGACCCUGAGGAGAGGAGGUGGCUUAUUCUGGAGUGGACUCCUGCUAGUCGUAAUUCUAAAGGAUGCAGUAAUGGGUUCUUCAUCCUCGGUUACCGUAUCUACGUGAAUGACGUGGCCCACAGCAGUGUGAAUGGAGCAAUGACCUACCGAGCACGGAUAGCCUGUCCAACCAAUUCCUCUGAUCCCAUCAAGCUGGACGUGAGAUCUCGUGCAAUGGCUGGAGAGUCCUGUCCAUCCAACUCUGUGUACUUCAAUACAAAUACCCACCAACCAACCACGAGUGCCUGUCAUAGUGUAAUGAGUAACAGCUGCACUGUACGAUGCUCUAGUGCUGCAUCAGCAGCUACCUUCAAGUCUGGGACCAGUAGCCGUACCAUCCAACCACGGAGUCUACGAGUGGAAACCAUUGUCUAAUCUAAUGAUUGUCCGAAUUGGAACAAUGAACUGAGCUAGCUGCAUGUGUUGUGUUGUGUUGUGUACUUCUAUAUAGAGCCUCUCAAUCUCUGGCACCAUGUCACUCAAACAGUAUUAAUAAUUACGUGUCACCAUUUCAUCUAUCUAUUGUGUUUUAAUUUGUUGUGUUCAUGUUGUCAAUACUGAAUAAUAA